AGGAAGGCGGAGUAUUUGGUGGGGUGGGGGGGGAGAGGCACGCGAGUUUGGACAAAAGCAGAGGCAGAGGCAAAGCGCGCGGAGGACAAACCUGAGCUGAGCGCGAGACAGACGAGCAGUGUAAGUGGACAGAGUGGACAGACCAUAAUGGAUUCUGAACCCAGCGUAUGUCAGCUCCAGCCCAACAUCAUUUCUGUGCGCCUCUUCAAGCGCAAGGUGGGUGGUCUGGGCUUUCUGGUGAAGCAGCGGGUGUGCAAGCCCCCCGUCAUCAUCUCAGACCUAAUCCGGGGCGGGGCGGCUGAGGAGUGUGGCCUGGUGCAGGUGGGUGACAUUGUGUUGGCUGUUAACAACAAACCACUGGUGGACCUGAGCUAUGAGCGGGCACUGGAGACGCUGAAGAACGUCUCUCCUGAAAGCCACGCCGUGCUGAUCCUGCGUGGGCCCGAGGGCUUCACCACCCACCUGGAGACCACGCUGAGCGGGGACGGUCGGCCCAGGACCGUCCGCAUCACCAAACCCGUGUCUAGGCCCUGCGAACGCUGCUUGCCCCUGCAGCCUGCUACGCAAGCCAAGGAGCUGAGGGCCAUCGAGAACCUGUCGUCUGCAUCUACACCCAGAAAAGAGGCCAAAGAUGGCAAAAUUCCCUUGAUCGGGCAGGACGCCCUGUUGAGGGAGGGGGGUGGGGGCCACCCAGGCCUGCUGCUGAAUGGAGUGGAUGAUGGAAAUGACCUGCUGAAGGAGAUCGAGCCCGUACUGAAGCUGAUCAAAAACAACAACAGCAAGAAGGAGCUCAAUGGAGAUGGACAGAGAGGAGUUGAGAAGAAGGACGUGGAGGUGCAAGUGGAGAGAGACCUUGGUGUGGGAAUAGGCGGUAAUACCCAGCUGGCCGCCGAUAACGACAGAGUGUUCGAUGACCUCUGGAGGAAGGACAUCAUGCCUACAGUGCUUAACAACCCGUACUCGGAGAGUGAUAAGCCACCAUCACAAGGCAGAGCAUCACCAACUAAGACAAUACAAAAUGGAAGUCCAACCAAAUGCCCCCGAUUCAUGAAGAUAAAGAACUGGGAGAGUGGAGCGGUGUUCAACGACACCCUGCACAACAGCUCUAGCAAGGUGCCAAUUUGCACUGACAGAGUGUGCAUAGGCUCAGUGAUGACGCCUAGCCAGACUCACAAGCCAGACGAAGUUCGAACCAAAGAAGAGCUUCUACCUCUGGCCACAGACUUCAUCAACCAGUACUACACUUCAAUCAAAAGGUGUGGAUCCAAGGCACACGUGGAUAGACUGGAGGAGGUGAAGAAAGAGAUUGAAACUUCUGGAACGUACCAGCUUAAAGACACAGAGCUGAUAUACGGGGCCAAACAUGCUUGGAGGAAUGCGGCCCGCUGUGUGGGGAGGAUCCAAUGGUCCAAACUGCAGGUGUUUGAUGCUCGCGACUGCACAACAGCACACGGAAUGUUUAAUUAUAUCUGCAAUCACAUCAAAUACGCCACUAACAAGGGCAACCUCAGGUCAGCUAUCACCAUUUUCCCCCAGAGGACAGAUGGGAAACAUGAUUUCCGAGUGUGGAAUAGCCAGCUGAUCCGCUACGCAGGCUACAAGCAGCCUGACGGCUCUGUGCUGGGAGACCCUGCUUCCCUGGAGCUCACCGAGAUCUGUAUACAGCAGGGAUGGAAGGCUCCUAAAGGGCGCUUCGAUGUCUUGCCCCUUCUGCUCCAGGCCAAUGGCAACGACCCAGAGCUGUUUGAGAUUCCAGACGACCUUGUGCUGGAGGUCAACAUCACACAUCCUAAGUUCGAGUGGUUUAAGGACCUGAAUCUGAAGUGGUAUGGCUUGCCUGCUGUAUCUAGCAUGCUGUUGGAGAUCGGGGGGUUGGAGUUCACUGCCUGCCCCUUCAGUGGCUGGUACAUGGGCACAGAGAUUGGCGUAAGAGACUUCUGCGACAGUUCUCGCUACAACAUCUUGGAGGAAGUUGCCACUAUGAUGGGGCUGGACACCAGGAAAACGUCCUCGCUGUGGAAGGACCAGGCACUGGUGGAGAUUAAUAUCGCUGUUCUCUACAGUUACCAGGUGUCAAAAGUGACUAUCGUGGACCACCACUCAGCCACAGAGUCCUUCAUGAAGCACAUGGAGAAUGAGUUCAGGGUGAGAGGCGGUUGUCCGGGCGACUGGGUUUGGAUCGUUCCUCCAAUGUCCGGCAGCAUCACGCCCGUCUUCCACCAGGAGAUGCUCAACUACCGCCUCACGCCCUCCUUUGAGUACCAGACCGAUCCAUGGAACACUCAUGUGUGGAAAGGAGUGAACGGAACACCCACGAAGAAAAGAGCAAUUGGCUUCAAGAAACUGGCUAAGGCUGUGAAGUUCUCAGCCAAGCUCAUGGGCCAAGCCAUGGCCAAGAGAGUGAAAGCCACCAUUCUAUUCGCCACAGAGACAGGCAAAUCACAGGACUAUGCAAAGACCCUCUGUGAGAUUUUCAAGCAUGCUUUUGAUGCAAAGGUCAUGUCAAUGGAAGAAUACGAUGUGGUGGACCUGGAGCACGAGACAUUGGUGUUGGUGGUCACCAGCACAUUUGGAAACGGGGAUCCGCCAGAGAAUGGAGAGAAAUUUGGUGCGGCACUGAUGGAGAUGAGGCACCCUACCACCAGCGCAGAGGACAGAAAGAGCUACAAGGUGCGAUUCAACAGCGUCUCCUCUUAUUCGGACACCCGCAAGUCCUCCAGUGAUGAGCCCGAGUCUAAGGCAAAUUUUGAGAGCACAGGACCUCUCGCCAAUGUCAGGUUCUCGGUGUUUGGCCUUGGCUCGCGGGCCUACCCACACUUCUGUGCAUUUGCCCACGCAGUGGACACGCUGUUCGAAGAGCUUGGGGGGGAGCGCAUCCUCCGCAUGGGCGAAGGAGACGAACUCUGUGGCCAGGAGGAGUCCUUCAGAACAUGGGCCAAGAAAGUUUUCAAGGCUGCCUGCGACGUGUUCUGUGUCGGCGACGAUGUGAACAUAGAAAAGGCAAAUGAUUCAUUGAUUAGCAACGACCGCAGCUGGAAAAAGAGCAAGUUCCGCAUGACGUACACGGCUGAAGCUCCGACGCUAACACAAGCUCUCUACAAUAUUCACAAGAAGAAGGUGUAUGGAGCGAAGGUCUUAAUGAGACAGAACCUUCAAAGUGUCAAGUCAAACCGAUCCACCAUAUACAUCCAGCUCCAUGCCAACAACCACGAGAGUCUGAAAUACCUGCCUGGAGACCACUUGGGAAUCUUCCCUGGCAACCACGAGGACCUGGUUACGGCUCUCAUAGACAAACUAGAGGAUGCACCUCCUGUCAAUCAAAUCAUUAGGGUGGAGUUUCUGGAGGAGAGGAACACAGCACUGGGUGUGAUCAGUAACUGGACAGAUGAGAGUCGUAUCCCUCCCUGCACCAUCUAUCAGGCCUUUAAAUACUUCCUGGACAUCACAACCCCACCCAGUCCUCUCCUGCUGCAGCAGUUCGCUCCUCUAGCCACCAGUGAGAAGCAGAGGAAGAGACUGGAGGUUCUCAGCAAGGGUCUGCAGGAGUAUGAGGAGUGGAAGUGGUAUAAUAACCCCACCAUGGUGGAGGUUUUGGAGGAGUUCCCGUCACUGCAGGUGCCCUGCACACUGCUCCUCACCCAGCUGCCCCUGCUCCAGCCACGGUACUACUCCAUCAGCUCCUCGCCGGACCUCCACCCAGGCGAGAUCCACCUGACAGUGGCUGUGGUCUCCUACCGCACCAGAGACGGUGCAGGUCCCAUACACCACGGGGUGUGUUCCUCCUGGCUCAACAGCCUGGAAGCAGGCGACAUGGUGCCGUGCUUCGUCAGAGGAGCUCCAUCAUUCCGCAUGCCAAAGGACAGCAAGGUUCCCUGCAUUCUGGUUGGGCCGGGCACAGGAAUCGCCCCCUUCAGAAGCUUCUGGCAGCAGAGACUGUUUGACCUUGAAAAUAAAGGGAUCAAGGCCUGUCCGAUGAUUUUAGUCUUCGGGUGUCGACAGUCACAGAUGGACCACAUCUACAAGGAAGAGACCAUCCAAGCCAAGAACAAGGAAGUGUUUCAGGAGCUCUACACCGCAUACUCACGAGAGCCUGGAAGACCAAAGAAAUAUGUUCAGGAUGUCCUUCGCGAGCAGUUGUCUGAGACGGUGUAUCGGUGUUUGAGGGAGGAGGGGGGCCACAUCUACGUGUGUGGGGACGUAACCAUGGCGGGAGACGUGCUGAAGACCGUCCAGCAGAUCAUCAAACUGCACGGCAACAUGUCUCUGGAGGACGCUGGAUUCUACAUCAGCAAACUGAGGGAUGAGAAUCGUUACCAUGAAGACAUUUUCGGUGUUACUCUGCGUACGUAUGAGGUCACGAACCGGCUGAGAUCAGAAUCCAUCGCAUACAUUGAGGAGAGCAAGAAGGACUCAGACGAAGUGUUUUGUUCGUAGAGCCUUGUUACCGUUCUGGUCUCACUCAAUUUGGGAUGGGACCUGAAAAAAACACAGCGGCUGUUUAAGAGAAAACUGUGCCAAGUUUGUCUUUUUUGUUUGCCUUUUCUUGUCUUUCUUUUUUUACUGUAAAUGUUCUUGGCUCUUUGCUAGUUUCGACUCAUCCUGCAUCUCUGUGGUGAGAGUCUGCACUCACGAGAUAACAAGUACGUUUUAUUUCUUUCUUCGCCGCCAAUUUCUGAAUGCACUUUUUAUCUGACGUACGUUCACAUGUUCUUCUUUAUUAACGAGCUGUGCGCAUUGGCCACCUAAACUCGAACUGCCUAUAUUGUGGAUGCAUGAGCAAGACCCAUGAUGUCAAGAGUUGUAGUCCUGAUUAUAUUAACAUGUAUAAACAUGUAUUUAGCUAUUAUGUGUUGGUGAUAAAUGGUUUAGCUUCGAGUUUAGUGAAUGGAAAGGGUCACUGUGCACAUCAUAUUGUGUCUGGAACUAGAAACGGAGCCAGUGCUAGUGAGGCUUGUCAGUUUUUAAUCAACUGCAUGUUUUGUGAUUUCUGAACAAAAAAAAAAAA